AAACAUACGUCCACACGAAUAUGCAAAUGUGGUUCGGUCUUCACCCAAAUGGUUUAAUCCAACCGAGAUUGAGAGUCCUAUAAUGGUUCGGCCGCACCUUCAUAAAACCCUAAGAGACUUCCGAAACCCGCCUCCGUUCUCUCUGUCGUUCGCUCCUCCCUCCCGCGUCUUGAGUAGAGGAGCAGAGAGGGGAGCCGGCGAUGGACUUCGGCGUAGCUGGCGGCGCGGGUGGUAGCGAGGAGGCCGCGCGGCGAGUCCGCGUGCGGUUCACCACCAAGCUCGGGCCGCCGCUCCGAGUCCCCUCCGCCCCCCUCGCCGUCCCCUCCAACCUCACCCGCAUGGGCCUCUCCGAGAUCGUCAACCUACUCCUCGAGAACGCUAGCGCCGAGCACGAGACGCAGCCGUUCGACUUCUUGAUCGACGGCGAGCUCGUCCGCCUGCCCCUCGAGGAGUUCCUGCUUGCCAAAGGAAUCUCCGCGGAGAAAGUGCUUGAAAUCGAGUACAUAAAGGCGGUGGCACCGCGGAAGCAGCAGGAUCCUCGCUUGCAUGAUGAUUGGGUUAGUUCGGUGGACGGUUCUAAUCCAAGUUAUAUUUUAACGGGUUGUUAUGAUGGCAUUGCAAGGCUAUGGAAAGGUGGUGCUGCAUGUACACAUGUAUUAGUAGGGCAUAGUGGUGCAAUUACUUCUGCUCACAUCAUCAAUGGAAAAGCUUUUGCAACAGAUGAAAGUGAAAACAGGUUCCAUAUUGCCACUGGUUCAAAAGAUCGGACAUUGAGGCUUUGGAAGUUUGAUGAUGCUGAACAUUUGGAGCAUCCAGUGAAUAUCAGAGAAUAUAAAAUUCUUCAAGGGCACACAUCAUCUGUUCAGAGCAUCUCCUCGGACCCUUCUGGAGAUAUGAUUUGUUCAGGUUCCUGGGACAGCUCUAUUAAGUUGUGGGAUGUGAAGAACACCGAAGCGCAAGGUGACACUGUGUCAAUAAAGAAGAGGAAAUUGGUCUCUGACACAGAAAAUCAUGUAGAGUCACAGUUGGAGGGGGUGGCUGCCUCAACGCUCGUAGGGCAUUCACAGUCUGUAUCUUCCAUUGUUUGGCCAGAACGCAAAACUAUAUAUUCUGCCUCAUGGGAUCAUUCUGUCCGACAAUGGGAUGUUCAAACAGGCCAAGAGACGUGGAAUAUGGCAUGCGGGAAAGUUUUGAAUUGCCUUGACAUUGGUGGAGAGAGUUCUGCACUUAUUGCUGCAGGAGGCUCUGACCCUAUCCUAAGGAUUUGGGACCCUCGCAAACCAGGAACACUGGCUCCCGUUUUUCAGUUUUCAUCCCAUUCAUCUUGGAUAUCUGCUUGCAAAUGGCAUUGCAAGUCAUGGUUUCAUCUGUUAUCAGCAUCUUAUGAUGGGAAGGUGAUGUUAUGGGACCUGAGAACAGCGUGGCCUUUGGCAAUAAUUGAUUCACACAAAGAGAAGGUACUAUGCGCCGAUUGGUGGAAGAAUGACAGUGUUAUUAGUGGAGGAGCUGAUUCGAAGUUGCUUAUAUGUUCUGGAGUGUCAAUCCAAUAAAAUGAGUGAUACUCUCAAUGUUGCAUCAUUGAACAGCACAAAGCAUCUUCCCUUCUUGGAUAUGCGUGGCUGGUAGACUGCUGAUUUCGUCAUCUGAUAGUACACUGAGAAAGCUGCUCACUUUUUAACAUCAUUCCCUGUGCUUUCAGGUUCAUGUGCUUUGUUUAUAUUUGUUAGAGCAACAUGAUAAUCAUCUCUCAUGUUUUUUGCCCAAGUUUGCAUGUGACCGAUGCGAUGUUCAUUUCGUACGUGUGAAGUUUAUUUUUCUAUUAUAACGUAUGUAUUCAUGUUUAUUUGUGUGA